AUGUCAAUCCUAGGUCAAGAUGAGGAGUUUAUGGAUAAUAUGAAAUAUGCAACUCCUGACCAACUUUCGGACAAAGUAUUAAGCAAUGCGGAAAAGGAAUUGAAUGAAUUACAACAGCAGAAACAACAGCAGCUUCUAGAUCAAAAUAAGCAGUUUUUGCAAACCUUAUUUCAAGACAAUUCAACACAACCAAUCAAAAUACGAAAUGUGCAAUUGACAAACGGAGGACUGUUUCGUAACUCAUUCAUUGAAUCACAGUUUCACCCAUUACUCACUGGAGAAGUCUUUCCCUUACAUCGGUACUUGUCGAUUAUUGAUAAUAUUCUGAAGAACUUGAUCAAAGUUGGUGUCGUUGAAAAUGUGCUAUGUAACACUCAUCAAGUGACAUCAAGUACUAGCUCUCCAAUGAUUGGAUUCCGUUGUGGACUUACCACGGGGACUGGUGCUAUUCACGUGGUGCCUAUUUUCAACACCAUUCCAAUAAAGCGAUUUUUUGCCAAAACAGGAACCAAUAUAGGUAAUGGGGAAGGUGAUGGUUAUAUUCAAUUUCAACUACGUAACAUCUUUGGUGGAGGAGAGAACCUUGUUUUUGAUGCGGUUACAGGCACCAAGACGUCAAGUUCCUAUUUACUCAAUUACAACCAACCCAUAUUCAAUAAUUGCAACUAUAUUUGGGAAAAUCGCCUAAGUCUAAACACGAGAAAUUUGGAUUGGAUACAGAGCAAAGUCCAUGCGAAAAGUUUGGUAAACAAAAUCUAUACCCAAUUCAAUGAUUGCAAAUUGAAUCAUGAAGUUAUUUUGGAAAAUUCGAUACGCGAGUUGGAUAAUUAUGGAUCAAAGAGUUUUCAAGUUUUGCAACAAUGUGGUCAGAAUGUGAAAUCAUCGAUUGCAUAUAAUAUCAACUACGACACUAGAGAUAGUAAACAUCUUCCAUUUAACGGAUCUUAUUUCCAGUUGGGGGUUGAAUACAAUGGACUACUCAAGCACAACAAGAAUCCGUUUGUCAAGACUGCAACCCAUAUGCAGCACGCGUGGAACUUGACAGCAAUUAACUCUCAUGUUUUGGCCAGUACAAAGUUUGGACUUUUGUAUCCAUUGAACGGGAGAUCCUCGAUACUAGACAAGUUUUUCAUUGGAGGUCCUAACGAUGUCAGGUCAUUCACGUUGAAUGGAUUAGGCCCAAAAGACCAAAAUUCAUUUAUUGGUGGCGACAUGUUUCUCAAUGGAGGUGUGUCAUUGUUUACUGAUGUGCCUAGGUACAAAACGUCCAAUUUCAAGUUUCAUAAUUUCCUCAAUUGGGGUAAAUUGGUUUCUUUGAAUCACAAUGGGUCAUUAUGGAGCAAUGUCAAACAGCUCUCGCAUUCUUAUUGCUUGAGCUAUGGGUUUGGUAUAUUAUACAAUCACCCAAUGGCUAGAUUUGAGUUGAAUUUUGUCUUGCCGAUUUUCGCUAAUGAACGUGACUCUAUUAGAAAGGGAAUACAAUACGGCAUAGGUGUAUCAUUCUUGUAA